UAACUCCUGUGUACACAAUAAAAGAUAAAUUAUAAAGUGUCAAAGUUUAAUUAUUAUUUCAUAGUUUUAAAUAGAUUUUGAGAUAUAACUCAAAUAAAAUGCUAUCGAUAGAUAAUUGAAUACUAAGUAUCGACAAUGGGCUCGUCACAAUGGCCGAAUAUCAGCCGGCGUCCCGUAGUAUGCGUCGCUUACUUGUAAUGACGAACAAAACAUAAACAAAAAUAAAGCUUCGCUCUAAAAUCAACCAGAUGGCAGUGAUACAACAACGAACUCGUAAUAUAUAUAAUUGAUUUAACUAUAGAAUGUCCAUGUGCUCACGCGUGACAUAAAAUAGUAAAUAAUUUUCUCCAAAAGAACUUUGGAGCAUUUGUAUACAUAAUUUAUAUAUUAUUUAUAAAAAAAUUUAUAUUUCGAUUAAAAAUGUCCUUCCGUGGUCGUGGAGGAGGAGGAUUUAAUAAAGGGGGAGGUGGUGGAUUCAAAGGAGGAAGAGGCGGUGGUGGUUUCAGAGGAGGACGCGGAGGCGGUGGAAAUAGAAGCUUUGACCAAGGUCCACCAGAAACAGUUACUCCUUUGGGACAUUUCGAAUGGUCAGUUCAAGAUGAUUUAGUUGCUAAAGCAGAUAUUGAACAAGUACCUUUUUUCAAUGCACCCAUUUACACUGAGAAUAAACAGCAAAUAGGAAAAAUUGAUGAAAUUUUUGGCAAUCCUCGUGAUUACUAUGUAACGAUUAGGCUGUCAGAGAAUAUAAAAGCAUCAAGUUUUGAAAAAAAUGUUAAGGUGUACAUAGAUCCAGCUAAACUGUUACCUCUCCAAAGGUUUUUACCAAAGCCUCCAGGCACCGUAGAAAAACGUCCCUCACGUGGCGGCCGAGGAGGUCGUGGUGGUGGCAGUGGACGAGGUGGCCGUGGAGGUGGUGGUAGAGGAGGUGGAGGAUUUGGAAAUCGAAAUAGCAGUGGUGGUGGCAGAGGUGGUGGCGGCGGAGGAUUCCGUGGUCGAGGUGGCGGAGGUGGAUUUGGUAGAGGCGGAGGUGGUGGAAAUCGUGGUGGUGGAGGAAGAGGACGAUGGUGAAAAAUAUUUUUAUACAAUUAAAAAGAUAAAUUAUCACGCCAAAUGGCUUCUUAUUUUUAUUAAUAUACUGAUGAACUUUA